AAUUUUCUUUUAGAUGUUGGUACCUCAAGUAAACAAACUUUUUGACAGUUCCAAGUAUUCUUCAGCUUCGACAUAACAGUUUAUUAUAUAUAUUGUUUGAUAUUCUAAACAGAUAGAGAACACUACAAACAAUGAGUCGACGCUCUUCCACAACAACAAAAGUUUUUGUUGGUAACCUACCGGCAAAUGCGACUACAAAAGACCUACGAGAAUUGUUUGCCCCAUAUGGCGCGAUUGCUGAAUGCGAUAUCGCAAUUCGAUGCGGAUUUCUUCACUUGGAAGAUUCUGACAUGGCUAUGAAAGCAAUAGAAGAAUUAAACAAUUCUACAUUUAUGGGGGUGAGGAUUUCUGUGGAAAAAGGACGUGUCAAACCGUUUGGGCGACGAAAUAGAGGUGGCGGCGGUUCAGGACCACUUCAUGGAGGUGGAAGAGAACGUUCAGGGCCCUAUUCUCGGGAUAACUUGGGUCGACCACCUAGAAUUGGGGGUGGUGGUUACGGUGGUGGUUAUGGCGGUGAUGGUGAUUAUGGGGUUUAUGGCGAUGAUUAUGGCUUUAAUAGAAAUGGUGGACGAUAUAAUGAUGAUUAUGGAGGUGAUUCAAGGGGAUAUGCAUAUGAUGAUAGACGAACAGGCGAUGUAUAUGGGCGAAAUUAUCCUAAUGGUUAUGGGUAUGAUGAUAGAUCGUACGUGGAUAUUCCCCAAAGUGGUUACGACGAUCGAAGGAUGGGAAUGGCACCUUUAGCACCUACUGGCGAUUACGACGAUAUGAGUCAAAGAUAUGGAUCCAUGGGAACAAUGGAUAACAGACGGGGCAUAAUGGAUCAACCAGGUGCCCAACCUAAACCGAUGGCGAGUGGUUAUGAUCACAGUCAGCCUGAUAGUUAUGGCCGACGUGAUGCUAUGAAUAAAUUAAUCGAUCGUCAAUCAAUGGGGUACUCGACCAAUCCUAACGUCAAUUACGGUGGCGUUGCAGCAACAUCCGUUUAUGGCCAAACCUCAUCUAAUUGGAGUGGUGGCGGCGUAUCUUCCAUGGAUUACAGCGAUGGUCGUGGAUCCACGUCUACCAUGGGCGUUGCUAAUACUAGUUAUGUUGAUUCAAGGAACGCACCUGUUGACCCGGGAGUCUACGGCGAUAAUAAUUCUCUGUACGCGGAUGGGAGAUCGAUUGGUAAUCAUCCAGUGACUCCAUUGAUAAACUCUUACAAUACUGCGUCUCCAAUUACUUAUGGAACGCCAGCAAAUUACGUCAACGUUACGGGUUCUGGUUACGAAAGUGGGUAUGGUAUGCCAAGGAAUGGAGGUGGUGGUGGAGGAAUGGGAGGAGGAGGAGGAAGUUAUGAAGCUUCUUAUCCGCCAUUACCGCCGCAAAGAGGUUAUGCGAGCGGCGGUGGCCCAGCCUCACGUAGAGAUUUGCCACCAGGUCCGGGGCGUCGAUAUUAAAAGCGGUGUUUUUUAACCGCUUAUUCAUUAGUUUUAACAUACAUUAAUCGUAUAUAACAUUAUUAUUAAUUAUUGUCAUCGCAGUAUUGCGGUUUAUGUUCAAUAUUCAAUUACAAUAUUAUACAUAUAAAAUGUGUAUGGGUAGUCAAGUGUAUGCUUUGUAGAAUAUCUUUGAUAUAUUUCAUUUUAUCAAAAAACCCAAACCUUUAUUCUGUGGGCAAUUUAAGAAGAACGUUUAAAUCGUCAAUAAAAACUAAGCUUAAAGCGGUUUUAUUUUAAGUGAUACUCUGUAGUUGUUACUCGCGGGUAAAGUGAAGAAGGUGUAAAUAUGAAGAGUGCGUUUUUUAAGAAUCGGUUGUUAGAAAAAAAAUCAUCAUCGAUUCGGAGAUACGAACCGUUCGAAAGUGUUCAUCGUUAAGCGUCUUUAUCGCCAUAUUUCAGGUAAUUACUGAACGUAUGGUUUUGUAUGGCAUCAAUGUUGGCUAUUGGAAUUAUAAAAACCAUUCAAUUAAAAGGUGAAAACAAAAUGGUGUUUUUGGUUAUGGAGGUUAUAUUUAGGGUGUAUUAUACCCACACGAUAAGCUUCACAAAAUUUGAACUGCUAUAUAUGUAUAAGCGAUGGUGAAAUGGCAGCGUCAGAAGUGUUCAAAUGAGUAUUGAAAUAGAGAGGUUAAGAGAGGAAAGACAAUGGUGGAUGUUUGAGAAUUGUUGUACGCUGAUUUUUGAUGAUACAAGAAAAUGAAUCUCCUCUUGGUGAGUAUGCAAGUAUUUCAGGGAAGUGCAACAAAGCAUAUUAUAUGUCACAUAUGUAGCCAGAUAUCUGCAAUAUAUCGAAACCGUGACAAAACACUGGUGAUAUAUGUUACACUACCAGUGCAGAAUACUAUCAGUACAUUAACAAGAGGAAUGAAAAAUAGCUGUGACAGCCAUUUGAUUCCACUUUUUUGGCAAGAUGCUAUUAUCGGAACAUAUCAUGGAUGAAACGAAGAAACAGUAUGUGGCUCCCCAUUGACCAUCGAUCUUUAACACGUGAUUCAACAGCUUUUUUGUUGAGGAUAGUAGCUGUCCAUGAUGGUGAUAUAAAUACCAGUCAUUGAUUGAGCUGUAUUUUCGGCUACUGAAGAACGGUUUCCAGAUGAUAAAUCAAAGCUUUAAGAUUGUUAGUAUUCACUGCCAAAAUUUUAUUGGUACUGAAGAGUAUGAUAUGGAGGAAGAAGAACAAAGUUGUUGAUGAACAAUACUUAUCAUUUAUGGUCACAGCCUAAACAUAUGCUUUAAUUGAUCCAAAAAAUUUCAAUGUUGCAUUUAUAAUAAAAUAUUUUCAAGACACA